UCUGCCCUAUAUAAAGGACUGCCAGCGCUAUUCCGCACAGGAGUGUCUCAGCGCUCUGAAAGUCCUUGCUUCACCCGGCUGUUCAACGUCGCAAUCAAGAGGUCAAUAUGCCAUAUACAGUCGCAAUUGUAGGAGGCGGGCUGGUCGGCUCUCUUUCAGCCGUCUUCUGUGCCAAGCGGGGUUGGAAGGUUGACGUAUAUGAGGCACGCGAAGACCCACGCGCGCAACAUCUCGAGGGGGGAAGAUCUAUCAAUUUGGCUCUGAGCGUAAGAGGAAUCAGCGCCAUGACUGCGGCGGGAGUGGAAAAGAAGAUCCUGGACAACAUGAUUCCUAUGCGUGGGAGGAUGAUCCACUCCAGAGAAGGUGCUUUGCAAUCGCAGAAUUAUGGGUCUUUUGGAGAGUGCAUCAACUCGAUCGAUCGCAACUUGAUGAACGAGCACCUACUGUCAUCUGCGGACGGUUUCCCUAACGUCAAGAUUCACUUCAAUCACAAGCUGGAUCGCUGCGAUUUCGAUGGCAAAAAGCUGACCUUCAUGAAAGCUGCCGCUGAUGGGAGUAAGCCAAAAGAGAUAACCGUUGAAGCCGAUUUGGUGAUCGGCGCAGAUGGAGCAUACUCCAGAGUGAGGAAUCAGCUGAUGCGGAAAGAGAGGGUUGAUUUCUCGCAAGAGUACAUUGACAACGCGUAUCUCGAACUGACGAUCCCGCCGACCUCAUCUGGCGAUUUUGCCAUGGACGCAAAUCACCUGCAUAUCUGGCCACGGCAAACCUUUAUGUUGAUUGCGCUGCCGAAUACCGACAAAUCAUUCACAGUCACGCUGUUUAUGCCGUGGGAGAUGUUUGCCGCUGUGAAGACCGAAGCUGAUGUGCUGGAACUGUUUGAGAAGCACUUUGCGGACUCUGUGCCGCUUAUCGGGAAGGAAGCAUUGUUGAAAGACUUCUUCGAACACAAGCCCGAAAGCCUGAUACAAGUCAAGUGUCGCCCAUAUCACUACAAAGAUCGCGCCGUCAUCCUCGGCGACGCUGCACACGCGAUGGUUCCCUUCUACGGCCAGGGGAUGAAUUGCGGUAUGGAAGACUGUCUCGUCCUCGACGAGCUAAUCACCGAACAUCUCGGGCGUCCGUCGAGCCCAUCGUCGCGUUCGCCAUCGACAACGCAAAUGAGCCACGUCCUCGCGCAGUACACCCUGCAACGCAACCGGGACGUCGAAGCCAUGUGCGACCUGGCGAUGUACAACUACGUCGAGAUGCGCGACUCGGUCACGAAAAAGGAGUAUCUGUACAGGAAGAAAAUCGAAGGUUGGCUGCACAAGCUUAUGCCGGAGCGGAUCAUCCCGCUAUAUACCAUGGUUUCCUUCUCGAGGAUACCGUACGCGGAGGCGAUGAGGAGAUGGCAGCAACAAACGAGAUGGUUCAACUUGGGAAGGAAGGUGGUGGAAGUGGCUGGGUGGGGUUUGAUCGCGAGCCUAGCCUUCUACGUCGGCAAACGAUGGAGGGUCACCAGGGGGAUGCUGCAGGCUGGAGUCGCAAGGGCGGCACGGAAUAUCAAUGCCCCGUAGGAGGGCGUUUCUCUGCAACCCUCGUUGCCUUCACUAGCCCCCGCCUAUUGA